AUGGCCAUCAAGAAAUCAUCGAGCUACAGCGCCGAUUCGAUCGAGACCCUCGAGGGUCUCGAUGCCGUACGCAAGCGCCCCGGCAUGUACAUCGGCGGCACCGGCAGCCAGGGUCUUGUACAUCUCGUUUGGGAGCUCAUCGACAACGGUGUCGACGAAGCCGCUGGUGGUCACGCGAACAAAAUCGAAGUCGUGUUCCAUCGCGACCGGUCAAUCGAGGUCAUCGACAACGGUCGCGGCAUCCCGAUCGACAAGCAUCCCAAGCACAACGUGUCUGCACUGGAGGUCGUGCUCACUGAACUCCACGCAGGCGGCAAGUUCGGUGGUGGUGCUUAUGGAGCGUCGGGUGGACUUCACGGUGUCGGUGCAUCUGUGGUGAAUGCGCUCAGCGCAAAAAUGGCUGCCGAAGUCGACCGAGGCGGGUACACGUGGAAGCUCGAGUUCCAGAACCAGAAAGCGGGUCACUUCACCGGCAACCGAUUCAAGCGAGGCCAUGACCUUGAGAAGGUCAAGAAGAUCUCACGCACCAAGACAGGCAGCCGAAUUCGCUUCUGGCCGGACUGGGACAUCUUCGAUGCCGAUGCCACGAUCGACUACGAGAUCGUUCGUGACCGUGUCGCUCGAGCCACCUUCUUAGUGCCCGGUCUCAAGAUCAAGCUGGUCGACAAGCGCACCGGAUCCAAACGAGAAGACGAGUUCCUGUCCCGCGGCGGUCUCAAGGAUCUGGUCGAGUACGAAAGCCAGGGCAAGGCCGUCACCAAGGUCAUCACGUUCAACGGCAUCGAGACGUUCGAAGAGAAGGUGCCGGUGAACGGCAAGAUGACGACCGUCGAGCGAGAGUGCACCGUCGACGUCGCGCUGCGCUGGACCGAUGGCUAUGAGACAUCGGUGUCGUCGUUCGUCAACACGGUGCCCACACCUGACGGCGGCACCCACUUGAACGGCUUCGAGCGGGCCAUGACCCGUGCGAUCAACGACAAGCUGCUGCCCGGUACCAAGAAGUUGGCCAAGCUCGCCAAACAGGACAAGGACCGAGUGGUCAAGGACGACGUGCACGAGGGUUUGGUUGCCGCGAUCAAGGUCACCUUCCCCGAGCCCCAGUUCCGAGGACAGACCAAGCGCGAGCUUGGCACCCCGGCGGUGCAAAGCAUCGUGUACGAGAUCGUCAAGUCUCAGAUCACGUCCUGGUUCGAGGGCGAAGGUCCUAAGUCUCAUGUAAACGCGCUGCGCGACAAAAUGGCGACGGCGAUUCUGAAUCGAAUGGCCUCGCGCCAGGUGCUCGAGAACAAGCGCAAGGCGGCCAGUUUGGGUUCAGCCGGCAUGCCGGCCAAGCUGGCCGACUGCCGCAAACAUGGCAUCGAUAGCGAACUUCUGAUCGUGGAGGGCGACUCUGCGGCCGGACCUGCCAAGGCCGGCCGAGACGCCGCCACCAUGGCCAUCCUUCCCUUGCGAGGCAAGGUCGUGAACGCGGCCAAGGCCACGGUCAAACAGGUGCUCGACAACGCCGAAGCCCAGGCGCUCUUUACUGCCGUGGGCGCCGGCAGCGGCGACGCGUUCGACCUCGAUUCCGCUCGCUACGGGCGCAUCGUGAUCUUGUGCGAUGCCGACGUCGACGGCAGUCACAUCCGCUGCCUGCUUCUCACGCUCAUGCACAAAUACAUGCGUCCCAUGCUCGAGGCGGGCCGCAUCUACGCCGCUCAGCCACCCUUGUUCACCACGGAUCACGGCGAGAACUAUCGCGCCUUUUCCCCGGAGGAAAAGGAAGCCAUCACCGCCGAAUUGUCGAAGGGAAACCGCAAGGCCGAGAACAUUCGCUGGCAACGAUUCAAGGGCCUCGGUGAGAUGAAUGUCGACGAGCUCGCAUCAGCAGCACUGGAUCCCGAAACUCGUAUCCUCAAGCGCUUGACGAUGCGCGAUGCCGAGCAAGCUAAGGCUGCGGCCAAGAUGUUCGACGUGCUUAUGGGCUCCGACGUCAGCAGUCGCCGCGACUACAUCAUCAAGGAAACUGCGCUCUUCGAUCGCGAAGCGCUGGACGUCUAG